AUGUCCCCAACAACCCUCCACUCACGCUUAAAAGACCUGUCCGCAUCUCUUGGCCAAAUUCAUCCACUCGUCAACCGCCUGCGCAACUUCACCACAGCCGUCGGCCAAGGUGAUGAAGCACGCCUCGAACUCGGGACGGAAAUCCACACCCUCCUCAAGGAGGCGGAGGAGCAGAUGGAGCUGCUGAGGGUGGAAGUUGAGGCUCUGGAGAGCAGCAUGGAGAAUAGGAGGAAGGGGUUGGAUAGUGAGAAGGAGGCGGAGAAGGAGAGGGUUGUUGUGUUGGCGGGCAGGUUGGCGGAGGAUUUGAAGAGGACGAGAGGGGAUUUUCGGAAUGCGCAACUUCAGGCGAAGAGAAAUGCGGAGCUUGCGAAACGGAAGGAGAGGGAGUUGUUGUUUUCGAGAUCGCAGAGCAGUGAGGCAAGGAAGCAGCCGUCUGAGAAGUUGACACAGGAUGAUUUGAUGGUGAAUGCGUCUAAUGACGUGACUUUGGCGUUGAAGAGAACGCAUCAGUUGAUGCAGGCUGAGCUGUCGCGGAGUCAUUUCGCGCAGCAGACACUAGAACAAUCAACGGCCGCCAUAUCCUCCCUCUCUGAAUCAUACACUAGUCUUGACACCCUCCUAUCGUCCUCCCGCAAACUUGCCAAUUCUCUGCUUCGCUCGCAGAAAUCCGAUACUUGGUACCUGGAAACAGCAUUUUACAUAAUCGUCGGUACAAUUGCCUGGCUGCUAUUCCGCCGCAUUCUCUACGGGCCGCUGUGGUGGCUUGUUUGGCUACCAUUCCGGUUGAUGUUCAGAACCGUCUUUGCGAUUCUCGGAAUCGUUGGUAUUACAAGCAAGGCUGUACAAUCAUCACAAGCUGUGGACGCAGUCACAGUACAGCAAACACCAGCAUUAGCACAUGAGGCACAACGAGCUGUUCCUGAAGGGGACGCUGGCGACACUGCCUGGGAAAGGGAGGCUGCUCGUGAAGAAACAGAUCAGGAUCGCAUGAUUGAUAAGGUUGGACGUAUGGUUGAGGAAGGGGAUAAGCAGGAGGGAACGAACAUUGACGAUAUCUCGCCGGAAGAACGCAAGCAGCGAGAUGACAUACCCCGGAAUCCUAAAAAGAGGAUGUACGAAGAAGAGUCGGUUAAAGAUGAGCUUUAG